UUUUUUUAUUUUACUAUACUACUUCUCUCUGUACUAUACAAGUACUCCUUUCUAGUUUUAUUACCCAGUCCCUACUUCUCUCUCUCUCUCUCUCUCUAUCCUGAGAUUUUUUUGGGCUGCUCAAUCAUACAUCUUUUGGGGAGCGCCAAGAAUGGACCCGGAAGGGGUGAGGCUGACCCGGUUGGUUACUUGUAGUGCGGUGAUCGCCGGCGGGACGAGUUCCGAUGGGGAUACGCCUCGGACGACGACGCCGUCGUCGUCCUCGUCGUCGUCGGUGGUGAAUCAGAUUCUUCAGCUCAUCUGUUCCGACGAGGCGGGGGAUAAAAUCCAUGCCGCCAUGGAGAUCAGGCGCCUCACCAAGACUUCCCAGCGCUACCGACGCCACUUCUCCGGCGCCGUCGGCCCUCUCGUCGAUAUGCUCCGCUCCGGCUCCGUUGAAUCGAACGAGGCCGCGCUCCUCGCCCUUCUCAAUCUCGCUGUUAAGGACGAAGCAAAUAAGGUGAGCAUCAUAGAAGCUGGUGCCCUGGAACCGAUUAUAGGUUUUCUUCAGUCCAAGAAUGCGACUCUGCAAGGGCAUGCGACUGCGUCGCUCCUCACCCUGUCUGCUUCUCCUGUCACGAAGCCGAUUAUAAGUGCUUCUGGUGCAAUCCCUCUUCUCGUGGAAGUCCUAAGAAAUGGGAGCCCGCAGUCUAAGGCUGAUGCUGUGAUGGCUCUUUACAAUCUGUCGUCUUAUGAAGGGAAUAUAAGUCCAAUCCUUGAGACGGAACCGAUUCCUGGUAUAGUUAGUUUGCUGAAAUCCUGUAAAAGAUCUUCGAAAACAGCUGAGAAAUGCAUUGCUCUCGUGGAAUCUUUAGUUGGUUAUGAGGAGGGUAGGACCGCGUUGACAUCUGAAGAAGGCGGAGUACUCACGGUGGUAGAAGUGCUCGAAAGCGGGUCCCUUCAGAGCCGAGAGCAUGCUCUUGGAGCCCUUUUGACAAUGUGUGAGAGUGACCGGUGUAAAUAUAGGGAACCGAUUCUUAGAGAAGGCGUAAUCCCGGGGCUCCUAGAGCUGACGGUCCAAGGAACACCAAAGUCUCAAGCAAAGGCUCAAACGCUCCUAAGAUUGCUCCGAGACUCCCCUUUCCCGAGGUCCGAGCUUCAGGCUGACACGCUAGAGAACAUCGUUAGCAAUCUCAUAUCACAGAUAGACGGGGAGGAGCAACCGGGAAAGGCAAAGGAGAUGCUUGCUGAAAUGGUGCAGGUUAGCAUGGAGCAAAGCCUGAGGCAUUUACAGCAAAGGGCGCUCGUGUGCACUCCGGGCGAUCUGUCUGUCACUACCUGCACCUCAAAAAUUCCUUCAAAAUGAAGAACAUUAUCCCCGCUUUUCUUCCCUUAUCCCGGGUUGCCUUCCUGCUCCCUCUCUUGUAAUUGCGAGCUUUGUGAUCUCAGUUUUCUGUGCUAGGAAAUAAGAUCUCUCUAUAGUAAAAGAAUGCCAGUCCAGGCCCUCGUUACGGGUAUCUGGUGACUGGUCAAUGUCGAUAAAUCUAAAAAGGAAAUCACAGUGUUUGUAAGCAUAGCUUUUAACAUGGCUUUUGUAACAUACUGUGUAUUGAAGAUUACAUGAUCUGUGAGGUUUAUUAAUUCUCUCUUUUUUUAUUACAAUUA